GGUCUUCUAUGAGAACCAUUGUUUGUUUCACCAAAACCUUGUUUUUGCUCAACAGUAGUUGACAAGGGAGACAGAUGUGAGUCAAACAAGCGCGGCAGCCGGACGUCACGUACGGCACGUAGCGGAUUGGAAAUGAGGAAACAGCAGGAAAUGACACUUCAUAUGCCAUCACCGCCUCCUCACGGCUGCAACUGCCGAAGCGGUUUUUUUCCCCUAGUUUCUAACAAAACACAUAACCUGAAAGCGGCUUCAGAUUAGCUGUAGUAAAUAAUAAGGUGAGAGCAAAACUCCAGACAGAUCUUGAUGGGGUCGGUGGUUUUUCUCCUUCUCUUCCUCCUCCAGGUGUCCAGAUCUGCACACGGCAGGUGUUUCUGUCAGGUCACAGGUGAACUGGACGACUGUGCAUGUGACGUCGAAACCAUCGACAGUUUCAACAACGACCAGAUUUUCCCCAAACUUCAAUCUCUCCUGGAGUUCCACUACUUCAGGUUCUACAAGGUGAAUCUGAAAAAACCAUGUCCUUUCUGGAUGGCGGACGGCCACUGUGGUCUGAAAGACUGUGCUGUGAAGCCUUGCUCACCUAACGAAGUUCCAGAGGGAAUCCGAUCCAUUCCACACGACAAGUAUUCUGCAGAGGCAAACCAGCAGCCGCUGACUGAAUGUGAGAAGGAGAAACAUCUGGGAGCCGUGGAUGUUUCUCUGAGCGAGAAGACAAGAGAAGCUUUAUUGGAUUGGCACAAACACGAUGACAAGGCCGAGGGUUUCUGUGUUAUUGACGACGAGAAGUCACCAGACUCCCAGUACGUCGACCUGCUGCUGAACCCGGAGCGUUACACGGGCUACAAAGGUCCGGAGGCGUGGCAGAUCUGGAACAGCAUCUACGAGGAGAACUGCUUCAAGCCGUUUACUGUUAAGCGACCACUCAUGCCUUUUCAGAGCAGCUCGAGAAGUGAAGCUCGGACCUUCUACAGCUGGCUGGAAGGUCAGUGUGUGGAGAAGAGAGCUUUCUACCGUCUGAUAUCUGGUCUCCACGCCAGCAUCAACGUUCAUCUGAGCGCACGGUACCUCCUGGAUGACAAUUGGUUUCAGAGGAAGUGGGGUCACAAUGUGUCUGAGUUCAGGCAGCGCUUCGACUCUGAGCUGACGGCCGGCGAAGGCCCCAAGAGGCUCCGCAACCUCUACUUCCUGUACCUGAUAGAGCUGAGAGCGUUGGCCAAAGUUCUGCCGUUCUUCAGUCAGCCGUCCUUCCGGUUGUACACGGGUCGACCAAAGGAGGACCAGAAACACAAAGAGCUGCUUCUAGAGAUCCUAAAUCUGGCCAGGUCUUUUCCUCUGCACUUUGAUGAGACUUCUCUGUUUGCUGGAGAUGAAAAAGAAGCGGCACAACUGAAGGAGGACAUCAGGCUGGCGUUUCUCAACAUCUCCAGGAUCAUGGACUGCGUCGGCUGCUUUAAAUGUCGUGUCUGGGGAAAGAUACAGACUCAGGGAUUAGGUACGGCUCUGAAGAUCCUGUUUUCAGAGCGACAGAUUGAAGCGCUGCCCCAGUCCAGAGAGCAACGACCCAGUUUCCAGCUCAACCGGCAGGAAGUCGUCUCGCUCCUCAACGCUUUCGGAAGGAUUUCCACGAGCAUCAGAGAGCUGAAGACCUUCAGAUCGCUGCUGGCAGAGGAGCGAUGAUGACAAGGAGGAUUUUUUAGGCCCUGAUCUACAAACUACGAUAUAUUCUGUCCAUUUUAAUCCAGCUGCAGUGACCAAAGUCACUGUGAUGAGGAAGACUCAGCUGUUAAUUGGAGAUAUUUUCCUGUAAAAAUAUUUUUUUUAUGUUGAAUUUAAAUAGCAUUUGACAUUUAUGUGAGAUUUAAAUGCCCUUUAAGUUAACUUAUGUGAAAUAAAAAUCUACUGUAUUUGCAGAUCUUUAGUGAGAUUGAAGGAUAUUGUUAAAAUAUCUCUAUGCAAUAAUAAAAUCCCCUUAUAUGAAAGUCAAUGUUGUCUGAUUUAAAGAAAAGUCUAAUAAUAGUUUUGCUCUGUGGGUGGCGCUGUUGUUCAAGAAACUACACCAACGACAUCUUUUCAAAGUAAUGGUUAAAGAACGGCAGACUAAUACAUUUUCCUUAAUAUUAACAACAUUUUCACAGCUAAAGAUGUCAAGUUUUAAUUUUAUUUAAGAUUUUGAGUAAGUUUUAUUGUCCUUUACUUUCUGGGGAUCCAUUUUGGACAUUUAUAAAACAGAAUAUAAAAUAAAAUUAUCUUGUGGUAAACGAAAAAUGUUCUCAAGCAACUGAUGGGCAACGCGACUUCAACUUUUAUAUUUUUUUCUUCUGUUAGCGCUGUUACAACAAUGAGAAAAAGAGUUUUUGAAAAUGCUUAGUCACCUGUUGCUAUGGAAACUCCCGCCUUUUCUGCCUAAUUUGUAUUCCCUUUUAAUUUUUGUCAGGAGAAAUGCCAAACUAAAAAUCAAAAAAGAAGAAAUGAACAUAUGCGGGCUAUAAAUCCAGUUUCAUUUCUGUAGUUUCAAACAAUAAAUGCAAUAAAUAUUUGCUGUA